AUGCGUCUCGGUUGUCUAAUAGCCGCUACAGCUGCCUUUGCAGGCAGCGUGGCUCAGGCACAAUACACUCCCGCGAGACCACCAUCGUUACCCUUGGCUGUAAAGUCACCGUAUCUCAAUACUUGGCUAGAUGGAGGUGGUUCUCUGCCCGGAACAUUCCCCCAUUUCUGGACGGGCCAGAUAAAUGGGUGGCAAGGCUUUGUGUCAGUCGAUGGCACUGUGUUCAACUGGAUGGGUGGAGCAGCAGGCCCAGAGCCCGUCACACAGACGGCCUUCUCGUACACUUCCACAAAGAGCAUCUUCACGUUCGAUGUGGACGGGAAGGUCGAGAUGACGGUGACAUUCUUGUCUCCUGUGUACCCGGACGAUCUUGUCAGACAAUCACUGCAGUUCUCCUAUGUAGAUGUCAAGGUCAAGUCUUCGGAUGGAAGUUCACAUAGCGUGCAGGUCUAUAUGGACAUUUCUGGAGAGUUCACAAGUGGUGACGCUACUCAAGUCAUCAACUGGGAUUUCGACACUUCGAAUGGUGUCUCGUAUCAUCAGAUCAAUCUUGCGACUGAGACUCAGUUCAAAGAGGCUUCUGAGCAAGCUCUUUGGGGCGACUGGUUUCUUUCGACUGCUUCAGAUGACACCGUAACAUGGAAGAGCGGUGCAGACACUAUUGUUCGCGGCCAGUUCGUGGACACCCAGAAACUGGACAGCACGGCAGAUACCAACUUCAGAGCUGUAAACGAUGACUGGCCGGUCUUCGCUUUUGCAAAAGACUUCAGCGACGUUUCUAGUGAUGAGAAGGAUGUUCUCUUCACCAUUGGUCUGGCGCAAGAUGUAAUUGUGAACUUCCAAGGUGCAGGAGACGGCCCGACUGCAACGACUGGAAUCUGGAAGAGUGUCUACGACAGCGCAGUCGACUCCAUGGUAGCUUUCUACAAGGACUGGGAUGAUGCGAAGUCUUAUUCGGAUACGCUUGAUACCCAGAUUCACGAUGAUUCCGUUGCUGCAGCUGGCGAGGAUUAUGCCACCAUUACUACUCUAACAGUCCGUCAAGCUUUUGGUGGUCUUGCCGUUGCUCAAGGCACAAGCCAACCAUACGUCUUCCUCAAGGAGAUCAGCUCGAACAGCGAUAUCCAGACAGUAGACGUCAUUUUCCCUGCAUAUCCCAUCCUGCACUACCUCAACGCGACUUUGGGCAAGCUCUUGCUGGAUCCCUUGUAUGAAAACCAGGAAAGUGGACAUUAUCCCAAUGACUAUGCCAUUCAUGACUUGGGCACAUUCCCGAAUGCCCUUGGCUAUCCCGAUGGCAACGACGAGCCAAUGCCGCUAGAGGAGUGUGGAAACAUGAUCAUCAUGGCACUGGCUUAUGCUCAGAAGUCCGGUGACAAGGCUUACCUCACUCAGCACUGGGAUAAACUCCAGCAGUGGGCUGGAUUUCUGGUAGAUGAGAGCUUGAUUCCGGCAAACCAGCUAUCUACCGAUGACUUCGCCGGCACUCUUGCCAACCAGACCAACCUGGCACUAAAGGGCAUUAUUGGCCUGAAAGCUAUGUCAAAGAUCGCGGAACUGACAGGCAACGAGGACACGUUUGGGUCUACCGCCGACGACUACCUGACCAAGUGGAAGGGAUACGGCAUCAACACGGCCGCGGACCCGCCGCACACGACGCUGUCCUACGGCGACGAUGCCUCGCACGGCCUGCUGUACAACCUGUACGCGGACAAGCUGCUCGGGCUCGACUUUGUCGACUCGGACAUCUACGACAUGCAGAGCGCCUUCUACCCGACGGUGGCGCUCGAGUACGGCGUGGCGCUCGACACGCGCCACACCUGGACCAAGUCCGAUUGGGAGAUGUUUGUGGCGGCCAUCGCGAGCGACGACACGCGCGACAUGUUCAUCCAGAAGACGGUCAAGUGGAUCGGCGAGACGACCACCGACCGCGCGAUGACCGACCUGUUCGACGCCGGCACCGGUGGCUACCCGGACGGCGGCCCGACUUUCGUUGCCCGGCCGGUCAUGGGCGGUGCCUUUGCGCUGCUAGCCCUCCCCAGCUAG